AUGGUAAAGGUGAAAAUGGAGCUUCCACGGUGUGAGCAGAGGAUUGGAAAGGUUUCUCUAGCCGAUAUUCUGAGGUGUUUUGAACAUCCUAUAAGUGAGGAGCAAGCUUGGGCUGUCUGCUUUCAGUGUUGCCGUAAAAUGGAGCAGUUGGCUCAGGGGCUGUGCCCACCACUCCAUUCUGUAUUCAUAAAAGGUCCUGGAAGCAUCUUUAUCCAUGCUGACGGUACUGCUUCCUUCAAGGUGUACCACAAGUCUGAUGUUGGCAGCAUUCAGCAAUCAGAGGAUAAGCUGUUGGAGUACUUGGGAGUGGUGAUCUAUGAAGCCCUGGACUGGGGAAUCGACAGCCAAGCAGAGCGAGAACUGAGUGAUCCUUUGGAGAAACUGCUGUGCCUCAUGUUGAAACUGGAUGAGGAGGCAAUGAAACCAGCAGUCACCCUUCACGAUGUUAUCAAGGCCUGUGAGGAGCACUUGUCCAGACCUUCUGAGGCUACCAGCCAUUAUGAAAUGACCUGCAGGAGCCUGUUUACUGAAUAUAUGGAACUUCAGAAGCUUGUGACCAUCAUCCAGACCUCCAAAGAGAGUCUGAGAAAAAUGGAUGUGGAAGAUUUGGUGGAAAAUCCCCUUCAGAAGAAGGAAAAACAUUGGCCCAACGUCAUUCGUGAACUGCAGAAUGGUGUGAGGCUGCGAAAGGCCACUGAGCGACUGCAGCGUCACACGCCUCCAAAAGAAUGUAUCUGCUCUCCGUAUGAAUUACUUUUGGAUGAUAUUCAGCACAAGAGGUACACCCUUCGUAAGGUGAUCGUCGAGCAAAAAUGCAGGACCCCCAAAAUUGAUGUAGCUGCUCACAAGCCUCACCUAAAGCCUAUGUUCAAAUUUGUCUGUCCGCUAAGUGAACAGGAUUUUGACCAUCACCUAAAACUAAAAGAAAUGCUGGUGACACCAAAUAUUGCCUUGAAAUCUCCAAGUGAUAGUUUCUUAACUCACCAAGAUGCCAGUAUAGAGUUUAAAAUUGUCAACACUACAACACAGCAGCUGGGACCAGGAGUUCAGGAAGUCACUCCCAAGCUGCCUUCCAGCACCUGGCUUGCCUCAACCAGGUCAUCAGUAGUAUCCUGCAAGAGCACAGGUCUCGCUGCAAAUUGCACCUAUCCUCCCAUGAGUGCACCCACACUAAGAGGCAUUAAACCUAAUGGUUUCCUGAAUGUUGGCCAACAGCAGCUGCCUCCUUACAGAGAAAGGUCCAGAUCUCUAGAGAGGGGCCUUCAAAGCAAGGAUAGCAAAGACUGUUCCUUUCCUACCAAGUGGCCAUCACCAACCAUUGCUGAGCUGAUUGGAACCAGAUAUGCAAUGAUGAUGCUGGAAGGGCAAGGCUUCCUCCAAGGAGGCAGUGAUGGUGUCUUUCCAAGAGCAAAGAUCUGUUUCAGCUGCCAUAAGCAGAUGCUUCUUAAGUGGCCUUACAGCUGUUACCUCUGCAGCAGUGUUGUCUGCUGUGACUGCUGCAUCAAGAUGUCCAUGCCCUUCAGAAUGUGUGUACAUCUCCCGUUUCACUUCCUAAAACUUUUGAGACUCUCCAGAGAGGAGGACCCAGGUACUCAAGAGCAGAAGAGCUCAGAGCUGCUGCGUGAAAUAGAGCACUGGGAGUGUUUGGGGGCCUGGAUAGACAGUGUUGAAGGGUACAACAGACUUGUAGUUGGAGUGAGUCAUGCUAAAGAAAAUAAUGGCUGGGAAGGCCCAGUUCUUCUAGAUAGAGGAGAAGGGAAGAAAGACAUGUUUAAGCUGAGCCCAGGGUCUGCAUCCAAACUGCCAGAAGGGUCAACACCUCCAGCUGACUUGUGCUGGCCUAACUCUGCUUCCUCUAAACUGCCUGUCUGCAAGCUGAUGCCUACUCGCAGCAUGGGGCCUCUGAGGAGUGACCCGCUGAGUGUGGCAGCUCAGCCCAGCCAGGCGCCCAGCUAUGGAGGCGACGAAGCUCCACGCCUCGCCCUUGCGCCUGCGAGCAGCACCCGCAG